AUGGGUACAAAAGAGACUGUAGUGGGCAGCACUUCCAGCAGUGAGGAGAAGAGCAGCUCUUCAGAAGAGAAGGGCAGUUCUUCAGAACAGAGGAACAGUUCAGAAGAGAAGAGCAGCUCUUCAGAAGAGAAGGGUAGUUCAGAAGAGAGGAGCAGUUCAGAAGAGGAAGAUGGCAACAGUGAGAAAGAAGCCAUGCUCGAAGGUCCUCCUGUGACUGAAGGCAAAGGCUACAAGGAGGUGGUUGAUGAAAGCAAUGAAGCAUCUAUUGAACCUGAAAGGGAGCAGGAAACCACAGAUGGAAAAAUUGAAUCUGAGGAUGAAGGCACUGAAUGUGCAGGAUUGGAAGCAGAGGAGAAGAUGAAGAAGCAAGAUGACAUGCUGACACAACCAAAAUGUGUUCUAGCUGAGGACAGUGGGGCAGAUGAUGAGAAAUCAAGGCUGAAAGCUCGUCUGCUGAGCGUGGCACGUGCAAUUGGUAUUUCGAGAUGGCUCUUGAAGAAGUUUGGGAAGAGGAAGAGGAGCAGCAAACCUUUUGGAUUCAGAAGCAGAAUGGCAAUCCGGCUUCUAAGCACUGCUGGGUCUUUGGUGGGUCAAAGCCAGAGAAACAGCAGACAGGGCUUCCUUCUGCAUGAAGAGGAUCCAAUAUGGACAUCAGAUUAUUCCAGUGAGGUGGAUGUCAAAGGAGGCUCGGGUGUCCUCCAGACUGCAGGGUCUGUAGUCACUCCUGGUGCUCACUGGGCUCAGCAGCAGGGCCAGGGCUGUGACCCUGCAGCGUGGCUGAACUCGGAGCUGCUGCUGCCCCGCCUGACCAUCGAGAACCUGAGCAAGUGGGCCAUCUACAGGGACCCACAGCUGGCCAGCAGCCGUGUGAGGAAGGUCUGCAAGGAGCAGUGGGAGGCAGAAGAUGCCAGUGACGAUGUGCUAGAGAUGGAGUUCCUGCAGAAACAGGUGUACAGGUGUGAAGACCCCUGUGCAGAAGUUGAGGAGAUUGAAGAUCUAACCAGGCUGGAGGAAGUCUCUGAGAGCUCAGUCCUGCUGUGCCUGAAGAAGAGAUUCCACCGCAAUCUCAUUUAUACUUACAUUGGGCAAAUUUUGGUUUCUGUGAAUCCUUUCAAAGACCUGAGUAUCUACUCUGAAGAUGUGGCUACCCGACACGUCUUUGCCAUAGCAGAAAUGGCCUACACGCUGUCCCAGUCGUCAGGGCAGGAGCAGUGUGUCAUCAUCAGCUUCCUUACCUCUUGUUUCUCCAGUGGACACAGUGGAUCAGGUAAAACAGAAGCUGCCAAAGCAAUUGUGCAAUACCUGACCCUGCUGUACCAGGGAUCAGACAGCCACAGGAUCAGACAGCCCUGCAAUGUCCUACCCAUCCUGGAGAGUUUUGGAAAUGCCAGAACCAUCCUCAACGACAACUCAAGCCGUUUUGGAAAGCUUCUGAACGUCCACCUGCGACAUGGCUUCGUGGUGGGAACAUCCAUCUCCCAGUACCUGCUGGAGAAGUCUCGAGUGGUAUUUCAGGGCAGAGCAUGUGACAUCCUGGGGAAGGAGGACAGUCAGGACUUUCUGGUCUUGGUGCAAGCUCUGGAGGGGAUCUGCCUCUCUGAGGACCAGCUGAACUCCACCUGGGCUGUCCUGGCUGCCAUUCUGCAGCUGGGGAACAUCUGCUUUACCUCCUGCGAGAAAGAAUCUUAUGAACACGCUGCCAUUGCCAGUGACACUGAGAUCCAGAUUGUGGCCAAUUUGUUGUGUGUCUCAGCAGAUUUCCUGCAAAGUGCUGUCACUCACCGUGUCACUGUGACAUCUUACGACCGGAUCUUCACCCCUCUGUCUGUAGAAGGAGCCAUCGAUGCCAGGGACUCCAUUGCCAAGACUCUGUACUACCUGCUUUUUGAGUGGCUGCUGCUGAGGAUCAACGAGUGGUUGGCUCCCUGGGAAUCAGACUGUGCCGUGGGAAUUGUGGACAUGCAUGGUUUUGAGGAUCUCGGGUUGAACAGCUUGGAGCAGCUCUGCAUCAACUUUGCCAACGAGCACCUCCAGCAGUUUUUCAGUCAGACUGUCAUUGCCCAGGAAGAGGAGGAAUACAGCCAAGAGCAGUUAGCUUGGGUUCCUAUUUCCAAGAUGUACAGCGAGUCGUGCCUCGAUUUCCUCACUGCAAAACCCCACGGCAUCUUGUGCAUCCUGGAUGACCAGACAUCACUGACUCAGGCCACAGACCACACUUUCCUCCAAAAGUGUCACUACCAUCAUGGAAACAGCCCCUGGUACACCAAGCCCAAGCUGCCCUUGCCAGUGUUCACUGUGAAGCACUAUGCAGGCCCUGUCACCUACCAGGUUCACAAGUUUCUUAAUAAAAACCGUGACCAGCUGCGUCCAGAGGUGCUGGACAUCUUCUCUCAGAGCCGCCUCAAGGUGGUGUCUCACAUUUUCCAGAAGGCUAAAGCUGCCUAUAGUCAGCAAAGGAAGCUGGGGCCGAGGGGCAAAGGGCUCAAGCCUCAGGCCUCCACACUGGUGUCCAAAUUCCAGCAGUCUUUGCAGGACCUCACAGCCAAGCUGAGAAGGAGCCAUGCCUUCUUCAUUCGGUGCAUCACCCCUAAUCCCAAAAAGCUGUCAAAUAUCUUUGAUGUGGAGUAUGUCACUUGUCAGCUGCGACAUUCUGGGAUACUGGAGGCUAUCCACAUCAGAAAGGAGGGAUACCCCAUCCGUCUUCCAUUCCAGAACUUCCUGGCCAGGUAUGGGCUCCUGGCUGGGCGAGGGCUCAGCUGCCUGGAGGAGAGAGAAGGCUGUGCAGCAGUGCUGGCUCGUGUGCUGGGGAACCCCUCGGACCUCUAUCAGAUUGGAGUAACAAAGGAGAAAGUCACAGUCAUUCAGGCUCACUUCCGAGGCUACCAGGCAAGGAAGCGUUACAGGAGGCUGAAGAAGACUUUGGUGCAAUUUAAUACCAUGAUUUUAAUCUCCAGACCUUUGAUUCAAAGGAGGAAGCGCUGCCAGGACGUGGGGCUGCUGGAGAUCCCUGCAGAGCUUGCAGCCCUCCUGCAGUUCGUUGAAGGUCGACACCAAGCACAGACCAACCAGAUAACAGAGGCAUUGCCUCCAGAAAUCAAGGUCAAAGAUGACCUUUCCCUCCCACCCAGCAUCAACAGCUAUCCCUUCUCCUCCUUUGUUAAGUCACACUUCCAGAAGCCAGAUUUCCCUGCCCUUGGUCAGCCUCUGCAUCACCCCUUAACCCAGCUGGGCACCGAACACCACGAGAGUGCACUUGAGAUCAACAAACUGGUAAGAGACAUCGUUCUUGACCUUGCUGAAGAACAGAUUUUGCGGUUCAUUGGUGACAAGAGCCUCCAUGGCUGGCAGGAGGUGCUCCUGGGCAACUACAUUGCUGGCAGAGGUUUGAGUAACGUGGCUCUGCGCGACGAAAUCCUCAGCCAGGUGGUUGCCCAGGCAUGGAAGAACCCAGACGUGGAGCACAGCCAGCGAGCCUGGGUCCUGAUGGCGACUGUGCUGAGCUGCUUUGUGCCUUCACCAGCUCUGGAGAAGCCCUUGCUGAAAUUUGUGUCAGACCAUGGCAUGGAGGGCUACAAUGCUGUCUGCCAGCGCAAGAUCCUGACAGCAGCACAUCACACAGAGACAGGCUCUGCACCCUCUCGGGCCUACCCUCCCACUCGGCUGGAGUGGACAGCAAACCAGAGGAGAGGGAAGAUAGUGUUGGAUGUUCACACCUUUAAUGAGGAGGUGUUCUCAGCUGAGGUGGAGUCCUGGAUGACUGGGGAGCAGUUUGCAGCCUGGAUCCUAAAUGCAAGGGGCUGUGAUAAGAAGACUCGAGGGUGGUCUGUCUCCAUGUUAACUGGCAACACAUGGCAGGACCUGCUGGGCUGUGACUUUGUGCUGGACCUCAUUGGAGAGAUGGAGGAGACCAGCAACUUCAGCAGCGCUUCCCAGUCCCCAGCUGAGUUCCCCAUCACUGCAGAAAGGGACAGGAGCACCUACCAGUUCUCUGACCUGGAUUCGAUCCCUCCUGCCCCAGGCAUCCAGGCCCCUUCCUUCCCACCCCCUAGCCUGCCUCCAGAAUUCAUGGAUUUCCAUCCAGAUCCAAGGACUAGAGAUGACCUGAGGAGCCCCGUAGGCCUGGAUCACUAUGUGGAUGAUCUCUUCAGCCCUGUGCUGCAUCAGGGCUCCAGACCAUCAGAUUUGGAGAACAGGGACAGUCUCACCGGACGCAUGAAAGGAGGUGGGAAGAUUGGACCCACAAGGAGAGGAGUCUUUCCUUCUACAGGCUUCCCUGGAAUGGCUCAAGCACCAGUUUACCAGCCCAUGCCUUCCAUGAUGGGGGUGCCAGCAGCCAUGCCCAUGAUGCAAGGGGCUGGUGGGAUCACACCUAUGCCAGCCAUGGUUAUGCCCCAGCCCAUGCUUCCAGGUGUGGAUCCCAACCAGCUGGCAGCACAGCAGCAAGCCUUUAUCAACCAGCAAGCCAUGCUCAUGGCCCAGCAGAUGACCCUUCAGGCCAUAAGUAUUUCCCAGCAACAGCAGCAGCAGCUGCAAAAGUCUCUUGAGAAGUCAAGGCCGAGAGUCUCAAGUCCACCACAAGCCCAAGCCCCAGCCACUGCCCCCAAACCCAAGAAGCCUCCCACAAGCCAGGAUGCUGCAACACCACCAGAGUCUUCAGAACCACCAGCUAAGGGUUAUGACUACACGGGAGAUGAGUUCUCCAGCAGUGGAGAUGAUGACUCUCCUCGGGAAACCUUCCAGCAGAAGAGACAAUAUUUUCAGAAGAUGGCUCCUGCUUCCCCUGUGCCAUCUCCUGAGCCAAAGCCAAUAAAGCAGACACCAAAAGUGAAGAAGGAGCCACCUGUAGUGAAACCCUCAGGCCCCGAGUCACGUCCUGCACCGAGCCGCGAGAUCGGCAACAUCAUCAAAAUGUACCAGAGCCGACCAGCCCCUGAGCCCCAGCCCAUCGAGCCCGUAAGAGUAAACAAGCCGUUUGUAAGGAGGAAUGACCCCAAAAAUGAGGCUCUGGCCAAGCUGGGAAUGAUGAACUCCUCAUCUUGCCGAUCACCAUCUCCUGUGCCACAAGAGAAGAAAGUACCUCCACCUAUCAAGCCCAAGCCAGGCUCAGCUUCCAGCUCUAUCAAGGAGAAGCAGUUGCCUCUCCUCUCCAUCUUCAGGCCAGAUUCUACCCCACCAGCGUCUGCAGGCCCUCUUGCUCCCCCUCCUCUCCCACCACUGCCUUCACCUCUAAAGCCUGAGGACCAAGGCAGGCAGGAAUCCACAGAGAGGGACUCUGCUGUAACAGUAGCAGAUGAUGAUGGCAUCAAGACCCAGCUGUACAAGCUCACCACCAGCGUCAGCUUCUCCUAUGCAGACCCUGCCUGGAAAAUCUUCCUGCGCAAAGAGGUGUUUUACCCCAAAGAAAAUUUCAGCCACCCUUAUUGCCUGAACUUGCUGUGUGAACAGAUCAUCCGUGACACUUUCUCCAACUCCUGCUUUCGGAUCUCCAAGGAGGAGAAGCGCAAGAUGAAAGACCUGCUGACGGAGUUCCGGGUUGGAAAUGACGUCCAGUCCAUCAAGGAGGAUGGAAUAAAGAAGAGGAUUGUACUGGCUGCUCGGGAUAACUGGGCCAACUAUUUCUCCCGCCUCUUCCCAGUUCAUGGUGAAGAGGGAAGUGAUGUGCAGGUCCUGGGUGUUUCUCACCGGGGCAUUCGGCUGCUGAAGGUGGAGAAAGCAGCCAUGUAUAAUCCUGAGCACCUCAAGAUUCUUCGCAGCUACUGCUUUGCAGACGUGCUGUCAGUGGAGCUGAAGGGCAGCAGUGCCCUGGAGUUCUCUCUGAAGACAGAGCAGCUCCUCCUGCACUCUCUGAAGGCUCCAUGCAUCAAGGCCAUGGUGGAACAAUUCAUGCAGGAGCUGAGGCAGGACACCAACUACGUCGUUGCUCUGCGCAGCUACGUCGUGGAUGACAAGAGCCUCCUCAGCUUCAGGAGGGGCGACCUCAUUGAGCUGCUGCCCAUGCAAGGCGUGGAGCCAGGCUGGCAGUUUGGCUGCACUGGUGGCCGCUGUGGUCUCUUCCCCACUGACCUGGUGCAGUUGGCUGCAGCCCCUGAUUACCUCAGCACCAACAUGGACAGACAUGCAGAGCUAUGGAAGAGAAGGAAAUCUUCCCCAGAGAGCAGAAACACCAGCAGGGAGAGUUCUGUUCCCAGCCUGACAUCAGAACCCGACAGCACCAUGUUAGUCCCUGCUGGUGAUCGUUAUACCAUGAUUGACUUCGCCACAGCCUAUUUCCGGGAGGCUCAGUCCAUGCAGGGACUGCAGGGGAUGUCUGCUGAAAAGAAGAGUAUAGCUGGCCUGGUCCGGCACACCAAGGUCCCAAUCCAGAUGUCUUUGCUCUGGUACUCUGACAGUGAGCUGAAUGAGCUGGCUACAAAGAACUUCCAGACGCUGAUGCGGCUCAUGGGAGAUCAGCCCAAGCACAAGGACCAGACUGAGGUUGAAUGUAUCUAUGAAAUCCUCAAGCUAUGCAAGGAGAAGGAGCAUUUGCAUGAUGAGAUCUACUGCCAGGUCAUCAAACAGGUCACCCACAACCCUAACCAGGAGAGCUUGCUGCGUGGCUGGUUGGUCCUGAAUCUGCUAACUGGAUACUUUCUUCCUACUAAAACCCUGAUGCCCUAUGCCACCAAGUUCCUGCAGCUAGCCAGCAGUGAUCCAUCCAGCACCCACCAAGAUAUAGCCAAGAUCUGCCAGAGCAACCUGCGGAAGAACUUCAUGUACGGGGGCCGCCGAAACCUUCCUUUCCCUGUGGAGAUGGAGGCACUGCUGAAGGGGCACGGUGCCCGCCGGCUGGUGAUACUGAUGCCUGGAGGCAUGGAAUACCUCACCAGGAUCAGGACAUUCACGGUGGCCAAGGAGCUCUUGCAGGAGAUCUGUGAGCAGAUGGGAGUAGUUGAACAGGAAGAGAUACAGGACUUUUUUCUUUUUGCUAUCAGGACUGACAAGAAAAAUCUUGUGAAGCCAAUAAAACCAGAGGAGUAUCUCCACGAUUACCUGCUGGAGGACAAGAUGGUCACCCUGACUUUGCGCAGGCUCACCUGGACAACACCUCUGCACUUCGAGAACCAAAUCUAUACAGACGUCCACUAUGGACAGGUGCUGUGGGAUUACCUGAAUGGGAGGAUCCUGCUGACCCAGAGUAAAGAAACAGAGAUGCAAGUGGGCCUUUUGGCAAUGCUCCAGCACUGGGCCAAACCAGAGCAGCAGAACUCUGCUCCCUCUGGGGAAGAGCUGAAGAAAUACACACCACAGACCCUGCAGCACUCCAUCGGUUCCAUGGCUCUGGAGAAUCAGGUUGCCACAUUGCUGAGGACAAGGCAGCCCCUCCAGCCACUGGAUGCAAAAAUCCAGUUCAUAGAACAUGUGAUGAAAUUGCCUUUCUUUGGCUACACCAUGUUCAUCGUGGAGAGAGUCAGCGAUGAGACGAUCCCUGCGCCCUGUUUCUUUGGUGUGAAUCAAGAGGAGAUCAUUGUGGUGAAUGGCAUCACCAAGGCCGUGUCCCGGGUCAUUCCCCUGAAGGAGGUGCAGAAGAUGCGCACCCUGAAGCCCAUGUCCAAAGAUGGACUUCCCGGCUUGGAGCUGAACUACGGAUCACCUGCCAUCCCCAAGACCAUGUGGAUUGAACUGAAACAGGCUAAAGAACUGUACCACACGCUUGUUGUCAUCCUGGACAAAACAGAGCUCCACCCCUAGAGCCUGAAAGGAGGAGAAUGACCAAGGAAAACAGCUGUGUCUCUCUUCCUUUGUACUUGAUCAGUGCUCCCUGACCUGCCUUCUGCAGAGAACACUUCCAGAAGACAGCCAUGACCUGAGACAGCUGCUUUCUAAGGCUGCCACCACAGUGUUUGUUGAUGGACUGUACCACAAUCUCACCCCUGGUGACCUGCCAUUCAGUACCCAAGUACUUCCCUGAAGCAAUCCAUGCUGUGGAUAAACAAACCACAAGGCCCUCUCCACACCACAGUUCCA